AUGAAAGACGGAUACCAUUCAGCCUAUUGGGCAGAGCUAUACGACUUCACUCAUGAUUCAUUUGACUGCUUGAAUGAAGAUGCGAACAUUUAUCUGGACGCAUACAAAGAAAUGCGAGCCGGACGUCCUUUGAGCGGCCCAGAGGACGAAUUUGUUUUUGUUGAUAUCGCCUGCGGCACUGGCCGUGUCUUUAGGCAGCUCGCGAACAGCCUACGUGCGGUCGAACAGAUGCCAAAAUCCUUGUCGCACAGCAUCAAAUAUGUCCAGGGCUCUGCAACGGAGCUUUCAGCGAUGAAAGACUUUCAAGGCCCGCCUACCGUCGACCUCAUGACAUUUGCAGCUGGCAGCAUCACUGUACUGAUGGAGAGUGGGCAAGCAGAGAAGUUUCUAGCCCAGGCAGCUGGCGUCUUGCGCCCAGAAACAGGCCGCGCUUUUAUCUCUGUAAAUUAUAUGUUCGAUGAUUCGCGAAAGGCCAAAGUAGCGAAAAUGGUGGAGCGAAUGACGGAGAACCCGUACUCCCAGGAUACUAAGAGCGUAUUGUUCCCUGGGAUUUUGUACCGCCAUGGGCAAGAAAGUUGCCGACGGGAGGGUAACCUCCUUUUUUGGGAUAUACCGGUGGAGGUGAUCAAGAAGGACGAGAAAGGAGUUGAAAGUGUGAUCAAGAAGGAUGUGGCUUCAGUGGGUGGACGUGUUUGGCAGGAUGGCGAACUGCUACUGCUGGCGGCGGCGGCGGGGUUGGAACUUGUUGAGACGCGCUCAACCAGCAAUGAAACCAUGUACGUAUUGAAGAAGGCCUAA